AUGUUCAAUAAUCUCCCGGCACUUGUCGUUGCCCUGUUGGCAGGCUCUGCCGCGGCAAUCGAUCUCAAGAUUAAUGACGAGCAGUCUAUUAAGAAUGCGGCGGCGACUGCGGCCUUCAACACUAUGUCAAAGUACACUUCCAAUAGCACCGGACAUAUUCCUGGCAAACUUGACGGCACAUGGUGGCUGGGUGCUGCCCUAUUCCGGACAAUGAUCGAAUAUUGGUAUUUUACUGGCGACGCUUCCAACAACAAGGCUCGUGGGGAGAACAACUACUUUCCUUCAAAUUACAGCCAAUACCUGAGCAAUGACGACCAAAUGGCUUGGGGUCUCGCUGCUAUGACUGCCGCCGAACUGGGAUACGUUGAGGAUUCCUCGAAGCCAUCAUGGCUGACGUUAGCCGAGGGCGUGUUUAGGUCCCAGGUUGCGCGAUGGGAUACCGAGAGCUGCGAUGGCGGUUUGCGCUGGCAGAUCUGGCCAUACCAGGAUGGGUACAAUAAGAAGGAUGCUGUGAGCAAUGGAGGAUUGUUCCAGCUCUCCGCGCGUCUAGCCAGAUAUACCAAGAAUACGACCUACUCUGAUUGGGCUGAAAAGAUCUGGGACUGGAGUGCUGGUGUUCCGAUUUUGAACACUGCCGAAUGGACGAUUAAUGACGUGGUUGAUGUUGAUUCCGAUUGCAAGACACAUCAAGAUAUCCAGUGGACUCACAACUACGGAGAAUAUAUCAGUGGGGCGGCUUAUAUGUACAACUUGACAAAUGGGGAAACAUCGAAAUGGAAAGCAGGACUCGAUGGUCUUCUCAACACAAGCUUCCACAAGUUCUUCCCAGAAAGCUACGGCGGCAAUAUCAUGGUAGAAAUCAGCUGCGAGCCGUUGAACACUUGCAGCCGGGACCAUGAGGUGUACAAGGGACUUUUUGCAUCUGACCUCGCGGCUGUCGCCCGUAUGGCCCCUCAUACCAAAUCCGAGAUCCUUAAAAGAUUGCAGGGCUCUGCUGUUGGAGCUGCCAAGCAAUGCUCGGGUGGUGAGAAUGGGGCCAUUUGUGGCGAACAAUGGUACAAGUCGAAAUGGGAUGGUGUUACAGGCAUGGAGACACAAAUGAGUGCUACUAGUCUCUUUACCUCUAACCUAGUUGCCUUUGAGCACAUGAAUCUGGCCACGCACAAUACAUCGACAUCGACCACUCAGAACACGUCCAGCACCCCUACUAAGACCCAAAGUGAAGCUACAAGCAGCAUUCAGAACGGAGGUAAUUCAUUGAGAAGCCAAUUUGGACCUGGUGUGUUGUUAGUCUCUGCUUUAUUCCUGUGA